AUGCCCGCCUGCCGCCCGCUGCCCUCGGCGGGGAGCUGCUGGCUGUACCGGCUGCGGGCCCUCAAGAGGCUGAGCCAGAACUUCCUGCUGGACCCAAGGCUGUGCAGCAAGCUGGUGCGCGCCGCGGGGCAGCUGCGUGGCGCGCACGUGGUGGAGAUGGGCCCUGGCCCUGGCAACCUGACGCGGGCCGUGCUGGAGCAGGGCGCGGCGCGCGUCACGGUGGUGGAGAAAGACGCCACGUUUCUGCCGGCCCAGCAGGUGCUGCAGGAGGUAUCUGGGGGGGCCCUGGAGGUGUGUCUGGGAGAUGCCAGGACCUUCAACAUGGAGCGCGUCUUCCUGGCCUCUGAUGGCCCUUGGGAGGGCCGGCCGCCCAACACACACAUCAUUGGCAACCUGCCGUUCAGCGUGGCCACGCCCCUCACUGUGUGCUGGCUGGAGGACAUUAGUCUGCGCAGGAACGCCUGGGCGACCGGCCGCACGCGCCUCACGCUGACCUAUCAGCUAGAGGUGGCCCAGCGCAUGGCAGCCCGGCCCGGCCAUGCCCAGCGGUGUCGCCUGUCCCUCAUGUGCCAGAACUGGUGCCACGUCAAGCACUGCUUCACCAUCCCUGGCCGCGCCUUUGUGCCUCCACCGGACGUCAGCGUGGGGGUGGUGCACCUCACCCCUCGUGCGGCUCCCCCCGUGCCCCUCCCCUUCCCCCUGGUGGAGAAGGUGGCGCGUUGCCUCUUCGCCUUCCGCCAGAAGUACUGCAGCCGGGGUGCUGGCACACUCUUCCCCACCAGGGUGAGGGACAGCCUGGCGGACAAACUCUUCAAGGUGGCCGACGUGGACCCCAUGCUGCGGCCGUUCCAGCUCACCAUGGCAGAGUUUGGCCGCCUCUGCCACACCUACAAUGCCAUCCUGGACAGACACCCAACCCUGGCCAAGUACAACCACCGCGACCCGGCCACUGAGGUCGACGAGGACUGGGAUGACAUCAUACCUCCUCCGCCUCCUGCUGCUGCUGCUGCGGCCACUGUUUCUUCCUCUCCCUGAGCCAUCUUCCUUGUAGCUGUCAGAGGAUGUUGGCCUUUGUCUGGUCCCUCAUCCUUGGCUCUUCCUCAACACCACAUGAAGUGUUAUGCAGUUGUGUAUAGCUUUAGAAUUAUAUUCUUUGUUAUUUA